UAGAAACUGGGUGCUUUCCGUCGGAAUCAACAUGAAAAUCGGGUUGGGGUGGCAUUUAAAACCCUGUUGCGACUCAGAGUGAAUAUCAUUCAGUGUUUGAGCUCUUAAACACACACACACACACCAGUGAUGCCAGAUCAACAGAGCGAGUAUCUGAUUCAGCGCGCGCCAAGCGUAGAGACCAUCAUGAGUCCGGGAUCCUCACGGAACGCUAAUGGUAAAGCGUUGAAGGUGGCCGGGUUCACGGUUCUGGCGUGUCUUCUUCUGGCGGGUCAGGCGCUGACCGCUUACUUCGUCUGGGGUCAGAGAGAGCACAUCAGCGCUCUGAGCGAGGGACAAGAGAAACUGAAGAGUGAGCUCAAGCUCAAGAUGUCAGCUGGAGCUCCAAAGGUGAUGCAGCUGCCAAUGAACAGUUUGCCUCUGCUGAAGGACUACAGCGAUGAGACAUCCGACAAGAAACAGAGCGUUCCCCUCAUGAAACUGCAUCCAGCUUUUCUGUACCCAGGAGAAGGCAGCGGACUUGUGGAAGAAGCUUCUAGACUGAUGCCGAAGAGAAUUCAUCAUUCCAUGAUGAGUAUGCCACUUCUGACGGACCCAGAGGAAGAGGUGAAGGGCACACCUGCUGCAGCCCUUGAGCUGGAGAGCAGAUGUCAGCUGGAGUCGGUGAGGGAGGUGAGACCCGGAUUCUUCCGCCCGCAGUGUGACGAGCAGGGCAACUAUCUGCCCAUGCAGUGCUGGCACAGUACCGGAUACUGCUGGUGUGUGGACAAGGAUGGCACUGAGAUUGAGGGAACCCGCAUCAAAGGAAGACCACAGUGUGGCUCAGAGUGAGGUCAGUAUUUCUAAUGAAGGAAUCUCCAACCAGUCACGGAAACAGUUUCUCUCGUCCUGAUCAGUUUUAUGUGUUACAACUCCGUCCCGGCGAUCGUUCACGUAGACGUUGUUAGAUGUGAGCGUCUGAAUCAAUAAAUCAUUCUACUCAAGAUCUGUUUUUAUUUGUGUUCAGAUUACACAUUUAUCUAAGAGAUGUUAUCGCUAAUCUAACCCUUGUUUUAAUGUUAUGAACUCUUCUGUGAAAUAUCAUUACUGUAUAAGCUGUCACGUAUAAAUUAUGUCUGUAAUAAACACAUGUUCUUUUCA